AUGACGUCCUUGAUAUUUGGUUCGAUUUAUCUGGGCCACAAGGGCAUUGUCCACCAUCGUCGCGAGAAACAACGUCAGAAAAACUACGAGCGCUGGGAAGGACUGCGCGACGAGUAUGAUGAGCAAAGAAAGAUAAGCCGGGAAUCUCGGUCUCUGGACAUCCAACGAACAGGGCCAGAUUACAACAGGGAUGUUGAGAUCGACAGACCAAUCCUGACCCUGCGUGAUCAACAAGAAGCAAACGAUGCACGCACUAGCUGGCGACCACAAGAAAGCUGGGACCUUCCUGCAGACAAUCGAAGGGCCAGCGUUGAAGUGACCGCGGGCACCGGUCUAAGACCAGUAAUGAAUCAUAAAACUGGAUCGACUUGGGACGAAGGCAUGCCACAACCGCUGAGAGUAAGUCGACGAAAUUGGGACGACUACCAGCCUGCAAAUCUGAGUGGAAAUGUCAGUCGAAGUGGGAGUCUCCGAAAUCCUAGUGGAGCGAAUACCCCUCGGGAUCGGAGUGCCAGCAACACGCCAUCACUGAACAAAAAGCCCUCUCCUCGCCCGGAUGUGGCAUCACCAACGAGCACUUCUCAUCCUCAUCCUUCUAGAAGCGUCAGUGUCCCUACUCCACUCGUACAACAUGAGUACAUCGAGCCUAUUGAGUAUGAGACACCGGGCGGACGUAUGGCUGAACUUAUCGAGAUGGGAGAUUCACAACGACCGACACCGUUUCCCCAACAAAUGCCACCAUCGUAUGCGGGUUUCCAGCCAAGCCAUUACGGUUCCUCGACUAUUGCCACGCAACAGAAGUCCGAUGGCAUGGAAGAAUGGUGGAAUCGACCUUGA